GAUUUCUGAGUACAGAAGACAAGUCGGCCCUGGGCAACUACGCACUGCUGGAUAUCAUUCAAGCUCUAAUUUGGUUACGUGAAAACAUUGCCGAUUUUCGUGGCGACCCCAAGAGAGUGACCUUAUUUGGGCAUGGAGCCGGCGCGGCCAUAGUGAAUCUUUUGAUGUUGUCCCCGUUUGUGACAGAGGAACGAGGCAACUUCUUCCAAAGAGCGAUUCUCCAGAGUGGUUCAGCUCUAAGUACCUGGGCCAUCUCCUACGACCCCAAGUGGUGUACGGAGAAGCUGGCCAACAGCGUGAACUGCUCGAGGGCCUAUGCUGAACUGGUAGCUGCUGCUACUGAUGCACCUAAAUACUAUUCCUGUUUUGCGCCCUCAGUUGAUUCGUGGACAAUCCUUCCCGAGGAAGUGAAAAGACUUCUAAAGGAGCCCAAUUCCAAAUUUGCUUCUGUUCCAGUUAUGUUUGGGGUCACCAAAAAUGAAGCUUAUGCAUACCUGAAGCAAGAGGAUAUAAAAAAGGGAAUUUCUGGGUUCAGAAAGAGUCAGAUUAUAAGGAGUUAUGUUCAAAAUGUUUUCAGAUACCAUCGUCAGAAAAUCUUCGAAAUUUUGGAUCACCAUUACACAGACUGGACAGGGACUUCUGAUUAUAUUUCCAAUCGAGAUAAUAUUUUAGAAUUGCUCAGUGACGGUCAAUAUGUGGCCCCGUUGUUUGAGAUGGCAAACCACCAUGCAGAUCUGGCAGACACCUACGUCUACUCAUUUGCGUACUCGACUCAGUCAGAGAGCGAUUCUGAAGAUGUGCAAG